AUUUUGACGACUCACCUGGUCAACCCCUCCGUUCUUCGCUAGGGACUCGGGUCCUCGCAUUGGCGGGUCCGCUGUCACCGGCAGUUCUGACAUAACACACCGCUUCUUCCCCAGUUCAAGUGCCACACCGCUCGUCGCCUUCCCAUCUCGCCGCGACAUGAAUUUCUGCCGCCACCUGCUCCUCGCCGCGGUGUUCGCGCUCCUCCUCGCUGUCUGCGCUUCUGCGGCGAGCAGGGGCGCUGGUUCCUUCGACCCAUCCCGAGUGGUCCAACUCUCGUGGCGCCCCAGGGCGUUCCUGCACAAGGGUUUCCUGUCGGAUGCGGAGUGCGACCACCUCAUCGCGCUGGCCAAGGACAAGCUGGAGAAGUCUAUGGUGGCCGAUAACGAGUCCGGUAAGAGUGUCCAGAGUGAGGUGCGCACCAGCUCCGGCAUGUUCCUCGAGAGGAAGCAGGAUGAAGUAGUAACGAGAAUAGAGGAGAGGAUAUCUGCUUGGACAUUUCUUCCACCAGAAAAUGGCGAAUCCAUUCAGAUAUUACACUACCAGAAUGGUGAGAAAUAUGAACCCCACUACGACUACUUCCAUGACAAAAAAAAUCAAGCCUUGGGUGGCCAUCGCAUCGCCACUGUGCUGAUGUACCUCUCUAAUGUUGAGAAGGGUGGAGAGACCAUCUUCCCCAAUGCAGAGGGGAAGCUAUUACAACCGAAGGACAACACUUGGUCUGAUUGUGCAAGAAAUGGAUAUGCAGGGUAUAGUUUCUUUAGCUCGGCGCUGCACAUCAUGUGAGUAGUACCUUCCACCAUGCGCAUUUACUCUGCUGUCUAUCUGCUGCUGGUUUCCUUGUGCAGUUAAACCGGUAAAGGGUGAUGCCCUGCUGUUCUUCAGCCUCCAUCCUGAUGCAACGACAGACUCUGACAGCUUGCACGGUAGCUGCCCCGUAAUCGAAGGCCAGAAGUGGUCCGCAACUAAAUGGAUCCAUGUGAGGUCAUUUGACCUCCCUGUGAAGCAGCCGGGUUCCUCUGACGGAUGCGAGGACGACAAUAUCCUCUGCCCCCAGUGGGCAGCUGUGGGUGAGUGUGCCAAGAACCCUAACUACAUGGUGGGGACCAAGGAAGCUCCUGGCUUCUGCCGGAAGAGCUGCAAAGUAUGCGCAGAGUAAGGUAGUAGCCUGCUGUCUGAUAUGUGUCAUGGCGUGUUGCGUAGUAGUCUGCUGUUUGGAUACCGACUGGAGUAUAGCAUGUAUGAAGUAGAACCCGGAAGAAGGAAUCGUACGAGAGCCGAGUUAUCUGAUAACUUGUCUCUUGUGGGAAAUGAAAGCGUUCCUUAAUUAAGCGAGGAGGUGCUUUGUGGUGUCCUUAUACGUGUUGAGCUGUUCUCCAGUUGCGUAGGGCGUGAUUGCCAAAACGUAGCCCAGUGGGUGGCCGAGGGUUGUGUGAAAUAACUUUUGCCUUUA